AAGAGAGGGAUCACCAGCAGCCGCGGUGCUGCGUUCAGGUGUGUUUCACCCUCAGAGAGGAAAGUCCCGGAGUAACGGACCAUGGAUUACAUCGGAUCAAUUAUGACAAGAUAAAACAUGUGGAAGUUCCAGUGUGACGUCGGAGGAAACGUCGAUCAAAGUGAAAGGGUCUGAAGGCGCUAUUAUCUGUCUUCCUGUGCUCUCCUCUCCUCCUCCUGCCUACCCCUUUCCAUCAUGUCUGUAUCCAUGAAGAGCCAACACCAGCGCCGGCGCUCUCUAGGUCCUGUCUCACCCAAGCGCUUAUACAGAAACCUGUCUGUCAGACUGAGGGGAGGAGAGACAUCUGUUGCCAGGGAAAUGGAUACGCUCAAGCACUACAGCAAGUUUGCGGAUGCUUACAGCACCCUGUGGGAAGCAGUGGAAAAUGAGGACACUUUGGCUGUGCAAAGCCUGCUGUCCAGAGACCACACCAGCUAUGGAGGAGGAGGAGCAGGAAGCAUGUGGGAAAGAGGAGAAAGGAAAGAAAAGGACUGGGAGAAAGAGCGAGAGAAAGGACUAAACAGGGUGAGCGAUCAGGGUCUGGUUCCCCUGGACGUAGCGGCCCUCACUCAUAACUCUCCUCUGCUCCAUGUGUUAACAAAGGCAGGAGCCAGGCACAACCCUGUUUUGUGCCAACCGGCUGACUGGGAAAUCAAGCUGCAGGCUCUGGUGGCACUGGCAAACAAACGGGUGGAGGAGAAGAAGACGGAGCUAGUGAAGAAGAAGGAGUUAGUGAAGAAGACUGGGGUAGGGCCUCAGGCUCAGUCUGACAUUGAGAGACAUAUUCGCCUCUGGAGUCUUAGGAUGCAACUGUACUGCAGGAUGAGAGAGAACUUCCAAAAGACAGAACUCCCCGGCCCUCCCACUCUUGUGUCCAUAGUGGUGACCAGUACGACCUCUUUGUUCGUGUCAAUCAAAGAGCCAGAAGGUGACACUAUAGGGCUCAUCACACGCCACAGAGUGGAAUGGAGCACCUCAGCCAGCUUCAAAAGCAUCCUUGACUCAGCCCAAGUUACAGAAACAAAGAAUCCUUCCUAUAGUAUCAAGGGACUCACCGCAGGAGUGCAUUACUUUGUAAGAGCGAGUGCCUACAAUGUGAAAGGAUGGGGCCCACCUCAGUGCUCUACUCCAGUCAGCGCUGCCCCCUCCAGUUGGAGAGAGUGCAUUGGUGUGAAGUCACAGUUCAGAAACCAUGAGGACCUAGUGACAAAACUGCUAGAAGAUCCCAAGGAACCACACUACAGAGGAUACUGCAUAGAGAGCUCUAAGCCCCAGAGUCCCAGCAAGCGUCUGUCUGUGUCUCGUGGCAUCAAACAACUGUUCCAGUCUGCCACCAAGUUUGUUCGCCUCCUACAGAGGGGCGUGUACUUGGCAACCGUGUUCUACUACAAGGAAAACAUUCUGGUGACAGCUGAAGAUCAAAUCCCCAUGGUUGAGAUCCAGUGCUGUUCCACCUCCAUCACCCACGACUUCCUUUGGUUUGCCAAGUUGUCGUGUGCAUGGCAACAGGUGCCAUGGCUCCAGCAGGCCCUCGCCACUGCACAUUCAUCACCAUCCUCCCUCCUUCAGAACAGGCACAACAUUUUAAGAGCAGUUUCCCAGCUGCAGUCUUCCCUGGGAACAGUGGACCUGGGCAGGGUGUACUACGAACCGCUGAAAGACCGGCAGGGUAACGUGCUACUGGUGACAUUGAAGGAGUUUCCAAAUCCCCCCAACCCUCCAGACCCUCCGCUUCACUGGAUGACCCUGACCCGCCUGGAAAAGAACCGCAACAGAGGUCCUCUCCUGCCUGAGCCCACCGCCAUGGACAUGCUCUUUGAGCAACUCAAGGAGAAGCUGUACUUCCAUAGGCACAGCAUGCAGUGGGCACAGGCAGGUCUGUAUGUGGGCAUCCUUAAACUGUGCAGCUCAGUAGAACAGAUCCGGGUCCUGGUGCCACAGAGGCUGCCUAAUCUUCUCUGCCACACACGCGUUCGACACAACGCCCACGUGACCAGAGAGGAGUGGGCGUGGCUUCAGAGUCAUGUUUACUCGACCAUCAGUGGCAGUGUUCAGAACCUGUUGACCGGUGACGACGAAAGCUUGAUGGAGAGCAGUGGACUGGUGGAUCUCGUCCGGUCUCUGAGAGCAGCAAUCACACAUCUCCUGACAAAGCUCAACAUCCCCCUCUACAGGGCCUACCAGUAUGGUGUGUACACUCGCGAGCUGCUGCAGUUUGGAGACAAUCUGUCCAUGCUGCUGCUGCUGCCUCCCAGCGAGGACUUCAGCUCGAGUUACUGGCCUCUGUUGGGCACCAAGGAGCCCGGUCUCACCAUGCCUCUGCAGAUCUUUGAGUUAGUUCACUUCUGGACGUAUGAAAGAGGCUUCCUGUCUCAGUACUGCCAGGCCUGGGUGAGACUGGAGCUGGACACUCAUUUGGCCCAGCAGGCUCUGCGGGAGGCGUUGGACACCAAGGAGGUGCAGGAGGCCCGAGACAGGCUGAACCGCAUCACAGACGUUGCCCAUCGUCUGGAUGUGGUGUGGCGUGAUGCCCGCUGGAUCAUGGACUGUCUACAGUGUGUGCGGUCCAAGCAGUGGGUGGGGGCGGUGCCUCUGGGUCUGGUGAUGGGAGGAGACCCACCACCACGUCCUGAUGGUGAGGACGAUGAGGAGAGUUUGACCAGCAGGCUGACCUGGCCCAGUCUGACAUAUGCACAGAGAGCAAUUACAGAGAAUUUAGUCAGUUCGACUCCCCCUAAUGUAGUCACUGCUGAAGUCUCCACUCCAGCGGGAAUCAUGGUUGUCCCAGAAGAGACCGCGCUGGUGUUGAUGGAGGGCGUCGCAAAGGGAGGGUACCCUGUUGACAUCACUGCCCAGUCAACAUUAGACUUGACAAGCAUUGGCCCAUCUGAAUUAGGAUGUGCGAGUGCUUUAAUUGAAUCUGGACUAGAGCCCGCUGCUGUUGCACAGCUGGAUGCAGGGUUUAAUGUUUUGGACACUCAGGAGUCCUUCAAUGGUGAACAGGACUUUCCCUCCAGCAUCACCGACGUAAUCCGCCCAAUGGAGAUGGCGGAGUUGGUGGACAUCUUGCCCACACUGAGUCUAAUCGAGGAGGAGAUCCCCAGUGGUCCACCCAUACCGUCAGUAAUGGACAUGCUGGAGAGCUUUGGACUAGGGAUUGAUGAAAACAACACCUUGAUUGACUUAGGUAAUUCAGGCUUGAUUAGUGAUGCUGGCUGUCUCUCACAACCUGACCUGCACUAUAGCAACAGUGAUACGAGUGAGGCACACAGUGGGAGUAUGGCGUUACAAGGACAAGACAUGUCAGCUUGUCAUGACAUGUUGAGCGCUGCUUGUGAUGAUGUGCCUGUUUGGUGCUGGGAUUUUCCAUCAGAUGCUACAGAGAUCCAGCAGAUUCCCAGCAACGGAGCGUGUUUUCCUCUGAGAAACCAGGUGGCGUGGGAAAAGCCCUCCAACAGCUCAUCCUGAUGUUGUCUGAAAUAACAGCUGACUUUGAACUUUGUGUCAACAUAUAACUUGACAUUAUUGGCUAAUAGAGGGAAAAAAAAUCAAGAUUUCGGUUUGGAAAGGACCUGAUCCUCGAUUACUGACUUUUGAUCAGUGUCCACUGAGUUAAUAUCAAGUAAUAUCCACUGUGGCAGGUGAAAGUUUAAGUGACAAAUAGAUAGAAUUUUAUCUAAUGUAUAAUUGCAGCUGAUCUACAAAUAGAUGUGGAAAGUUAAAGGUUCAGUGUGUAGGAAUUUUUGACACCUACUGGUGAGACCAUUGACUGCAACAAACAGAGAUGUCAGUUAACUACAGCAUGGUGGCUGUUUGGGCUGCUGUAGAAACAUAGCAGUACAAGAUAGCAGCAUCCAUAAAGCAAGGUUCUAGCCCAAAGUACAUAUAGAAGACUUAUUGUAAAACAAAAAUUUUAUUUAAGCAGUUAUUACUUAUACAACCAUAUUAGGUUAUGGUCAAUUUCUGUCAAUAAGUCUUAAACACAACACACUGGACUGGACCUUUAAAAGAAAGACAAAAGUAUCUUUUGUAAUGUGUAGAGCAGCAGAGCUUCUCAUGUGUACAAACCAAACUAUAGCACCAGCUCUUUGUGACAUGAAAAUCCAUCACUCACUAUAGUACCAAGCAACAUUGCGGCUUUUUAUAUCCUGCAACCAAACCAAUGCAUCAAGUCAAGUAAAAAGCAAGUGUUUUGCUCACUCACUGCAAAUGUUUAUUUAAAUACCUUUGACUGCAUGGUAUUCUAAACAUUUCUGAACUCUUCUUCUGGGUCUCACUUUGUUGGAGCAUGAAAACCAAUCAAAAUCGCACAAGUUAUUUCUUGCUUUAGAUGAAAUUUGGCCUCAUGCUGUGCAUUUUACUGCACAAUUUCCUCUGCCUUUCAUUUCUAGAGUGGGAUGUCUUAAUAAAGGCGUUUUUCCACAAGACUAAUACGGACUAAGCACACUGGUUUAAAAAACUAUGGAGACUACAUUAAGCAUAAUGUAAAGAGUAGCAGGAUGUUGUUGAAGAAACCAGUCAGAGAUGUGUAACUUCUGAUAAGCUGAAGUAUCAUGUGGUCAUGAAAUGGAGGAACGUACAGUGUCAUCGUUUCACAUCUUUUCUUUUUUAUGUUUUUCCAUUUUUCCUAUUUGUUGUACUUUGUAAAGUCCACUGUCAAAAUGUACGUAAACAAUUAAAAUACCUAGGACAUACAUA